AUGGAGUCCUCCACAGACACCGCAGAUUAUAUUCUUCAGGCUCCUGUUUUCCACCCGAUCCUUCCCUAUGUCACCACGAUUUUUGGCAGCCUGGCCCCUGGGAGAAUGGUUUUGGUGCAGGGCACAGUCCUAAUGGAGACGGAAAGGUUCCAGGUUGACUUCCAGACCGGCUGCAGCCUGAGCCCGCGGGCCGAUAUCGCCGUCCACUUUAAUCCCCGGUUCCGCCCACGGCCGCACAUCAUUUGCAACGCGCUCAGAAACGGCCGAUGGAUGGAAGAGACGAAGUUCCAUAACCUGCCCUUGAAAGGAGGGGACGCUUUCCAGCUGCUGUUCCUCUUUGAGCAAGAAUAUGUGAAGGUGAGCGUGAACGGUCUCUCCUUCCUUCAGUAUCAUUUCAACGUUCCACUGGCCCAGAUAAACACGCUGGGAGUCUCUGGUGACAUCUUUGUGAAAACCAUCGCUUUCCUGGCCGGCAACCCCUUUGAUAACAGCCGAACAAGAUACCCUCAUGCUCCACAUCUGCAUCUAAACGACCCUAAUCUGGCCGUUCCUCUGACCUGCCAGCUCUCCCAGGCCCUCAAGCCAGGAGAUGAGAUCACAGUGCGAGGCUUGGUACAUCAGGAUCCAAAACAGUUCCGCAUCAGCCUGAAGAAGGAUCCAUCUCAUGUUACCUUGAGCUUGAGUGUUCGCUUCACAGACCAGACUGUGUUAUGGAAGUCCUUUGCAGACCAAGGGCAGGAGUCUGGGGGGAAAGUAGCCAGCUGUUUCCCCUUCCACCCACAACGAUACUUCGAGCUGCUCUUCCACUGCGAAAAGGACCACCUGAAACUGGCACUGAAUGGGGCACCCCUCGGAGAGCAACACCUCCCUUUACUGUCCAUCAAACCCAUCACAGAGCUGGCCAUUGAAGGAGAUGUCACUCUUUACAGCGUCCUGUGUUGA